CUCAGAGGUUGUCUUUAGGACCCCAAACUGUGAUAGGCUGCAUCAUCUAUUUAAGGUUGAACACAUUAACUUUCGUUUGUGGCCCUGGCUGCGGCCCGAAACAUGUGCAUCACGAAUAAGCCCAUCUUUGAAAGACACACAGGAAAGUUCUGUAUUUUGUUUGUUAUUUCAGGCUUACAGAACCACAAUUCCCAUUAACUCCAUUAACUCGCGCUGUGUUGAAGUGGCUCAUUGUGAGCUCGGCAGCAGUGUAGCUUUAAGAAGGAGGUGGGCAGCGCUCCGAUGACGCAGGAAUAAUCCUGAAAAGAUGCUUCAAAACUCCAGGCCGGAGCCAGCGUGUGUGGUGGCUGCUGGCUGAGCUGGAAGAAUCUCCGAGCCUGGCACGAUCAGCUGUAGGGAGAACAUUUAGAGCAGGUUCAGGAGUCUUCGAAGGAGCUCUCAAUGCAGAAUAAAACACACACAGUCAGACAGAUUGGAUUCUUUAACAGACAAAUACAGUUAUUUACCAUUAAGUCAUUUACUCACGGCGGAGAGCUUUCUGUUUGCAGCUGUAUGUGCAUUGCCAAGUGGAGCCAACUUGAGGAAAGAAACAUUUGAAGAACAUCUCUCCAACACUGUUAUUUGUCUGAAGUGGGACUUGGAAAGUCGCAUCAUGCCAUAUUUCAAAACACUGUGUGUGUACUUUUUGAUGGUCCUGAACCCAGUUAUGACAAACACCAUCACCGAGGACAUAGAUGUUUUGGUAUUUUUGCCACAAAAUAAUUACUACCCUUUUUCACAAACAAGAGUCGCACCCGCGAUCGUUUACGCACAGCAGAGGCUGAAGACAGACGGAGGACAGUACUCCGGGUUCCACUUCAACAUCCAGUUUGAGAACUCCGACUGUUUCAAUGAUGCUCUGUUCACCUUAGUGGACAGGUCUUGUGGGCAAAAGCCCGAUCUGAUUCUGGGUCCAGUGUGCGAGUACGAGGCGGCGGCGGUGGUGAGGCUGGCAUCCCACUGGGACAUCCCGGUGAUCUCGGCAGGUGCCCUGGCCGCCGGCUUCAGCAACAAGAGCACCGAGUUCGCCCACCUGACCCGCAUCGCUCCGUCCUACGUGAAGAUGGCAGAGACCUUCACCGCGAUGUUUGAGCACUUCACCUGGAAGACUGCACUGCUGGUCUACGAAGACGACAAGCAGGAGCGGAACUGUUACUUCACUUUGGAGGGAGUCUAUCAUCUGAUGGUUGACUUUAACAUUAAAACGUACGCUGUCUCCCAAGAGGAUCGUUUGGACACUGACGACAUCCUCCAAAAUAUCCAUGACACAGAAGUGGUGAUCAUGUGCAUGGGAGCAGACAAAAUACGAGAGAUCAUGCUGGCUGCACACAGACGACGGCUGACCAAUGGCAAUUAUAUGUUCUUCAAUGUUGAACUCUUCAAUGCAUCUUCCUAUGGAAAUGGCUCAUGGAAGAGAGGAGAUAUAUAUGAUAAUGAUGCAAGGCAAGCCUACGCUUCUCUGAACACUGUGACAUUGCUCAGGACAAUCAAGCCAGAGUUUGAAAAUUUCUCCCUGGAAAUGAAAAAGUCCAUCGAAAAAGCUGGGUUUCAUGACUGCAAAGACUGCGAAAGUGUCAACAUGUUUGUUGAGGGAUUCCAUGAUUCCAUGUUGCUGUAUGCCAUUGCCUUACAUGAAGCCAUGAAAAAUGGAUACAGUAAGAAGAACGGAACAGAGAUCACUUCACGCAUGUGGAAUAGAACCUUUGAAGGAAUUGCGGGCCAGGUAUCUAUGGAUGUCAAUGGUGACAGAAAUGGAGAUUUUUCUUUGAUGGCCAUGACGAAUGUUGAGGCAGGAACCUAUGAGGUGGUGGCCAACUACUUUGGAGAAAAUGGAACUUUUCAGCUGCUGCCAGCCUUCAACACGGACCAUUUUACACUGAGGGAAAGACAUAGAGCACAACCAGAGAUACCAGACAAAUCAUGUGGACUAGGAGUAUCAGCUUUGACUGGAGUGAUAGUGGGAGCUGUUCUGGGAACUGCAAUGCUUAUAGCAUUCUACUUUUUCAGAAAAAACUACAGGAUUACCAUUGAACGUCGCACAAAUAGUGAAGAGUGCGACACGGGGAAGCACCGUCAGUUACGAGAGGACUCCAUCAGAUCAAACUUCUCAGCAGCAUAAUCACCAGCGGCAGUAGUCGAUUCACAGAGAAUCACACAUCUGAAUGUGACCAAAGACUUUGCAAUGGUUGUCAGUGAAGCCAUGCUGUUAAAAGUGAGACAUUUUGUGUUUUUAUCCCAUAAUGUUUUGACUUAUUGUAACUCAGGACAGUAAUAACAGUCACAAAGCACCACUUACUUGGAUUGUCCUCCACACAAAAGGUAUAUGAUUGUACUGGUGUAUAGAAAGCUUUGGCCAUGCUAUUUUUUAAGGUUUCUGUGAAUGACUGUGAAUGAUAUAGAACAGAUGGUGUACUGGUCACUUAGUUUGCAUGCACAAGUGGUGUGGGUGAGGUCUACUUUUGCAUCUCAGGUUGAUGGGACAAAUAGAGGCCUCAUGUUUAAGAUUGCUGAACAAUAAUGGCAGAGUAAAACGUUGAGAAUGAUACAGCUCGAGCUAACCGACUAAAAAGGGAUAUAGGCUAGAACUGUAUCUCUAGGCUAUAAGCUACUGAUAUUAAGCUACUGAUAUUGUUAAGUUUUCAGUUCACCUUAACAUUGCUGAGAUCCAGCAGCCCUCAUAAAAAUCUAAUUCCUCAUUCCUAACUGAACACAUUGUUCUUAAAAUGAGAAACACUGGGUCAUGUAUCAUCUUGAGUACAUCGCUUCCACACCAUUAGAAUGGCUCAUUUACAGUAUUUUCUUUUAAGUUUGUCUAAUGAAUAAUAAAUAAUUGUUACCUGCAUAAGUCAUUGUGGUACUACUUUCUGAUAAGGUAUACUUUACGAAAUAUGCUUUAUUAAUGGUUAACUUAUAGGUCAAUAAAAAGCCAGUAGUAAGAACAGUUUGAAUUGGGUUGUGGUCAUUUUGGUUUAACAGGUGAUUGUCAAUCAAUUAAAGGAAAAAUACAAUUUAUUACAACUUGGGUUUUAUUUUCAUAGCACUAGCCUUUGGUCCUGUCAGUUUUUAUAAACUGACCUGUCCGAAGGAUCGAGUUUUAGUAGUUAUUUGUAGUGAUUUCUGAGUUUUAAUAAUGGAUUAUAACUUACUUUAACAUUAUUAAAUGUUUUUUAUCAACAUUUACCAAAGAUAUAUGUUCCAAGCUAUAGUAAAGUAUUCCUCAUCAGAAAGUGGGAUUACAAUCCUAAUUAUUUGUGAUAGUAAUGAUAGAUAAUUAUAUUUCUGUGUCCAUAAAGGCAGUAUGAGAUGCUUUCCAUAAACAGUGACUGUGUGAACAAAGUAUUUCACUCUGCAUUAGAGACCUUUAGUUUUUUAGCUAAUUCUCUCUCUUUCAUCUGGGUUGCAUUAUUCAUGCAGGAUAUUCUAAAAAAGGGUUUUAUAGACGUAAAAUAAAGACAGUGAACUU